AUGGGGCUGAGUGACCCGACUCUUCCUCCUCCUCCGUCGUCGUCGCCGGCGACUCCCAACAACCCCAAACUGGCCAAGAACGGGCUGAACGCCCCGCGCAAAGCAGCUGAACGACAAGACCACAACAAGAACACAACCCCGGACCCCGACUCAACCACGGAGGACCGCGAUACGAACAAUAGAACCGUCAAUGAGGAUAUCUUCACCAAGAUUAACCUCAACCUCGACUCCGACGCCAAGAGAUAUCUGGAUCUGAAAACUAACCUGAACUCAGAUCUGGAUCUGAAAACGAACCUGAACUCAGAUCUGGAUCUGAAAACGAACCUGAACUCAGAUCUGGAUCUGAAAACUAACGUGAACUCAGGUCUGGACAGAAUCACGAAUGUGACAGACAACGGGGAUAACAUCAACAUCCUACUCUCCGUGUCCCCUCCUCCCUCCACACCCAGACGCAGCAGUCCUGAAGACACCCCUCUCCUCUCCUCUUCCUCCUCCUCCUCCUCCUCCUCUCCUCUGGGGCAGAAGGAUAGUGUUGUAGAGGUGAAGACAGACUGUGUUGUUGAAAUCGGGAUCCAGGAGGUGAACUCUCCUGGCUGGUCCUCUCUGUCUCAGGAGAACAUCUCACCUCCCCUCCCAGAUACCUGGAGUGAUCAGGGCUGGCAGACAGAAGGGCAGCUUCCUCCAGGAUGGAAGAGGAUUACAGACGAGGCUGAUACCUACUACUGGCAUAUCCCUAGUGGAGCUACACAGUGGGAGAGGCCAGCGCCCAGAGACCCUCUCACCAGACAGGAGGGCUCUCGCCUGGGGAACACCACCUCAGCCUUCCCAGCACCAGAACACCAGGGUGAAGUGUGUAUAGUAGUGUGUCCUGGGUGUGACAGCUCUGUGGAGCCCCUCCCACUCCGCUCCAAACUUCCUGGAUUCAUCAACAGCUGCUACUUUCCUCGCUCAUCCUCUCUACAUGAAGAAGAUGUCAAGAAGCAGCUGUGGGGUGAUGUUGGAGCUGUGAGAAGGGGAAAGAUUGAUAGUGAGGUUUGGAAGGACCUGCAGGCGGCCACGGUGAACCCUGACCCCAGCCUGAAGGAGUUUGAGGGAGCUACGCUCCGAUAUGCAUCACUACGGAACCCUCCCCCCCAGGAAGAGGAGGAGUCUAACAGGGACCCUGAGGCCAAGUGUUUUGCGGUGCAGUCUCUGGGUUGGGUAGAGAUGGCAGAGGAGGACCUGUCGCCAGGGAAGAGUAGCGUUGCCGUUAACAACUGUAUCAGACAGCUAUCCUACUGCAAGAGCAACAUCAGAGACACUGUCGGCAUCUGGGGAGAGGGUCAGGACAUGUAUCUGGUUCUGGAGAACAACAUGUUGGACCUGGUUGAUCCGAUGGACGACAACGUGCUUCAUUCUCAGCCAAUAGGAAGCAUUCGUGUCUGGGGGGUCGGCCGUGACAAUGGCAGGGACUUUGCGUACGUAGCGAGGGAUAAGGUCACCAGGAUUCUGAAGUGUCAUGUGUUCCGUUGUGACACGCCAGCUAAAGCCAUCGCUACCAGCCUCCACCUCAUCUGCUCCAGGAUCAUGUCAGAGCGUAAGCAUGCUAAAGCGUUAUCAGGGGCUUUGUCAGGGGGCGUGUCUCUACACGGCAGAAUGCAGUCAGGACUAGACCUCCCACUACAAGCAGAGUUCCCCUCUCCAAAGACAGAGUUGGUCCAGAGGUUCCAGGUUCUGUAUCUGGGUAUGAUGCCAGUAGACAGAUCUAUAGGUAUGGACAUAGUGAACGGGGCGAUAGACAGUCUGAUUGGUUCUUCCAGUAGAGAGGAGUGGAAAGCUGUUAACCUCAACGUGGCUGAUGCAACCCUCAUUAUCAGCAACCACCAGGAGGUGAAGGAGGAGGAGGAGGAGGAGGAGGAGGAGGAGGUGAAGCAGGAGGAGGAGGUGUUGGUGGAGUGCAGGGUGAGGUUUCUGUCCUUCAUGGGAGUAGGGAGGGACGUCCACUGCUUUGCCUUCAUCAUGGACGGAGGAGGACGACGACGCUACGAGUGUCACGUGUUGUGGUGUGACCCCGACGCUGGACGGCUCUCUGAGGCCGUACAGGCAGCGUGCAUGGUGGGUACACUCUAGAAUAUCUAGAUCUAUGUACAGGCAGCGUGCAUGGUGCGUACACUCUACAAUAUCUAGAUCUAUGUACAGGCAGCGUGCAUGGUGGGUACACUCUAGAAUAUCUAGAUCUAUGUACAGGCUGCAUGCAUGGUGGGUACACUCUAGAAUAUCUAGAUCUAUGUACAGGCUGCGUGCAUGGUGUGACCCCAACGCUGGACGGCUCUCUGAGGCCGUACAGGCAGCGUGCAUGGUGGGUACACUCUAGAAUAUCUAGAUCUAUGUACAGGCAGCGUGCAUGGUGGGUACACUCU